UGCGUUGAGAGUUUAGCGACAGCAAAAGCGCAACAGGAUUUUUUUUCUUAAUUGAGGAUUAUAACUGUAGAUUCACGCCAGAUGUCAGUGUAUCGUUGUACUAGUUUCUUUGUUGUUUUUGGUUCCGACUUGGCGAACGGGGCAUAAGUAUUUGGUCGAUAUUUUCUGAGAUUGUUUUGGAGCCACCCCCGCUCUAAGUUUUGGUUCAGACCGGUGGCAGGCAUCGAGGUGCAGGGAACUCAUCUCGUCAACUUUUUUUAGAAGGAAUCUCAGCUCCGAUCUGUUUGACUUUGGCAAACUCUGACGCUGUCUUGUUUUCAGAUAUAAACAAAAACAAUAGCCAGACACGGUAUUUGGAACGACGAAGCGUAGCCUAUGCAGUUUAUGAAUCAUCGAUCGAGUUUGUGUCGUCCCAGUAGGAAUAUUUUGGAUCCCUAUGGAUGUCAACUUAAAAAAAACAUACGCUGAAAGGAAUGGUAAAAAAAUUGUGACGGGUGAGAUCAACAUUGCUUUUGCUUCCAACGGUGCUUGCCACCGAGAGUGGAGCGCAAAGUAACCCAUGUCAGUCCUUGUGUUGCUGGACUAAAACUCGGCUCAACCGAGAAGACCGAUCCGAACCAUGGAGGAGACCCAGGCGUCCCCCGCUCCGGAGAACCAGAGAGACAGUAACGUGUCUGACAGUUUCUCUAAACUAUGGACAGAUGUGAUGGGGAUGCUGGAUGGUUCUCUGGGCAACAUUGAUGACCUGGCCCAGGAGUACUCAGAGUAUUACAACACCUGCUUCAGCGACGUCAGCGACCGGAUGGAGGAGCUCCGCAAACGGAGGGUGUCCCAGGACAUGGACACGGAAAAGGCUGACGCAAGCCUCACCUCCCUGCAGCUGCGGUCGGAGAUUCAGGAGUCGCUGGGCUUCAGCAGUGCAGUGUCCACGCCUGAGGCAGAGAGAAAGUCACCCCCGCCAGCGGGACAGCGGAAACCCCGCUCUCGGCCUUUCCCGGUGACCCUGGCGGAGCGGAGAUUCGGAAACCGCCGGCUUCCUUCCGCCGAUUGUGCUCCGGGGGAGAUGGGGGUCUCGCGGGAGCAGUCGGACGAUGAGGUGGAGGACUCGGUCAAGUUCCGUCGCCUCCACAAGCUGGUGAACUCCACCCGCCGCGUCCGGAAGAAGCUCAUCAAGGUGGAGGAGGGCAAGAAGGCCGGCUCGGAAGACUCGCUGAGCUUGGAGGCGUCGCCCACGUGCGAGGACAACGCGGCCCUGUACACGGGCGUGCAGAAGAAGCCGGCCGCCCCGCCGGACUCCCCCUCCCUGCCGUCCCUCCUGCAGGAGCGCCGGUCCCUGGACGGCGACUCGGACAGCCUCACCGCCUCCCCGUCCUCCAGCAGCCUGGACGCCUGGUCGGGCCACAAGCUGGUGAAGACCUUCGGCAAGGCGGCCAGCGCCGGGCACGGCCUGAUCCGGCCCGGGAAGAAGUCGGGCCCGGCCGCCGGCGCCGGCGGCGUGGGGGCAGGGGGGCCCGGGGUCACCGGGGGCAGCGGGUCCUCGUUCUCGGAGGCGGACGGUGGCGGCGGGGAGGAGGACGCCGGCAAGGUGUCGCGCUCCAUGACGGACGGCGAGAUGCGCAAGGCCCUGAACUCGCUCAGCCACGGGAGAACAUGCAGUUUUGGGGGGUUUGACCUGUCCAAUCGGUCUCUCCAUGUGGUCAACUCUGGUGACCCUGCGAACAAGGACCAGGAGGCCAUCUACCGAGAGGUGGUGAAGUCGCCCACCACGUCCCGGAUCUCCCUGGGGAAGAAGGUGAAGUCCGUGAAGGAGACCAUGAGGAAGCGCAUGUCCAAGAAAUACAGCAGCUCUCUCUCUGAGCAGUCAAGCCCUGAUGGCACGCCCAGCUCUCCUCAGUCCCCCCAGCCCGACACGGACUCCCUGGAGAAGCCCAAGCUGAAGGCUGGAGGCUCUGUGGAGAGCCUGAGGAGCUCCCUGAGUGGACAGAGCUCCAUGAGCGGACAGACGGUCAGCACCACGGACUCCUCGGCCAGUAACAGAGAGAGCGUGAAGUCUGAGGACGGAGACGACGAGGAGCCGCCGUACAGAGGGCCGUUCUGCGGGCGGGCCAGAGUCCACACCGACUUCACCCCCAGCCCCUACGACACUGACUCCCUCAAACUGAAGAGAGGCGACGUCAUCGACAUCAUCAGCAAGCCCCCGAUGGGCACGUGGAUGGGCCUGCUGAACAACAAGGUGGGCACCUUCAAGUUCAUCUACGUGGACGUGCUGAGCGAGCAGGAGGAGAAGCCCAAGCGUCCGGUCCGCCGGCGGAGGAAGGGCCGCCCGCCCAAGCCCACGUCCGUGGAGGAGCUGCUGGAGAGGGUCAACCUCAAGGAGCACAUGCCCACGUUCCUGUUUAACGGCUACGAGGACCUGGACACCUUUAAGCUGCUGGAGGAGGAGGAUCUGGACGAGCUGAACAUCAGAGACCCUCAACACAGGGCUGUGCUGCUCACUGCGGUGGAGCUGCUGCAGGAGUACGACAGCAGCAGUGACCCGGAGCGCGGCGGCCAUUCCGGCUCUCAGGAGAAGCUGUUGUCGGAGGGCCAGGGUCUGGUGGGGGACUCCCCGCGGGACUCGGGCUGCUACGAGAGCAGUGAGAACCUGGAGAAUGGGAAAAGCCGGAAGCCGUCCCGCUCCAGCAGGUCGUCCUCGGGUUUCGAGUCGGCCCGGCUGCACUCCCCGGACUACCCCACGCUGCCCAUGACCAAGUCCACCGAGGCCCUGCAGCAGACCAAGAAGGAGCGGAAGUUCGGCAAGCACUUCUUCCUCAAGCCCUCCAUCAAGGGCCUGGGCCUGCUGGGCCGGAAGAAGGGGUCCCGGCGGCACCGCAUCCCGCCCAGCCGCAGCUGCGAGGACCUGGACGAGGGUCCCCCGCCGCUCUCCGCCCAGGAGCGCUGGAAACGCUCGCACUCCCUGGGCGACCUGCACUGGGAGCAGGCCUUCGACGGGCCCAAGAGCCCCUCCGGCCCGGAGGUCCCGCCCGCCCAGGGCCCCAAGAGGGACGAGGAGGAGGAGGCGGGCGCCCUCGUUUGCCUUAAGGGCAGUUCGGAUGAGGCCGGCCCCCCGGCGCAGCUGGCCGUCAGACCCCCGUCUGGUAGUCUCGAGUCGCCGGGGGCGACCUGCCCCGCGCCGACCCCCGCGGAGCCGGCCCAGGGGGGCAAGAGCACACGGACACACCCGAAAAAGGCGCCCGUGCCCCCUCCGGUGCCGGUCAAAAAGUCCCGGGAGCGUCUGGCGAACGGGCUUUGCCACCCGGCCCUGCUCCUGUCGGGCCCCGCGUCGCCCACCACGCCCACGAAGCCGGCCAGCACGCCCGCCAGCCCCUCCGCGGCGGGCCCCCCGUCCUGCCCCACCUCCCCCGGGUCCCCGGAGAAGCCCGGGACGCCGCCGGCCGCGCCCCCGCCCUGGCUGUCCGACCUGCCCGAGAGCGCCUGCCCGCAGAUCCACGGCGUGAAGGUGGCCGUCGGCCGCAAGAUCUCCCACGCCAAGGUGCCCGACCUGGAGUCCCUGCUGGAGGACAGGCUGGAGGCCGAGGGCAUCGACCUCACCGAGGAGCCCUACUCCGACAAGCACGGCCGCUGUGGGAUCCCCCAGGCCCUGGUCCAGAGGUACGCGGAGGACCUGGAGCAGCCGCUGAAGGACCUGGCCCCCGCCAUGGACCUGAUCCGCGUUAGGGAGCUCCGCAAGCAGCACCGCAUGGCGAUCCCGUCGGGCGGCCUCACGGAGAUGUGCAGGAAGUCGCCGUUGCCGGGGCAGGUCGCCACGGUGACGGACUGGCUGGUGUCGGUGGGGCUGCCCAUGUACGCCGGCGCGCUCCGGGCGGCGGGGUGCGCCUCGCUGGAGCAGGUCUCCGCCCUGACGGAGGCGGCGGUGCAGGGGGCGGGCGUGCGGGACGAGAGGCACGCCCGGCGCCUGCUGGCCGAGGCGCGGCAGGUCCAGGCCCAGGGCGGCCAAUCGUAACGCGCGAGGGACCGGGCGAGGAGGAGGCCGAACGCCGAAACCCCCGCGGCGGGACACGCGCUGCCGGGGGGGACUUGCGGCAGCGACGCGGACAAUGCGGUCGCGGCCGUCGUAGCCGCGAACGGGAAAAGGGACCUCAUACCCGAGGCCAGGGGAGCGGAGACUUUCAAAAAAAAAAAAAAAAAUGAAAAAAAAAUUUCAUUUUCCUUUCUUUCCGUUUUUUUUUUUUCGCUCUUUCCAGAUGUUUACGAGGAGAGUGACUGAGAUCAGCAGAAUGCCAAGAAGGAGAAGUUGGAGGCCUUUUUAAAUGAAAAAUGUAUUAUAUAAAAAAAAAAAACUUUUUAACAUUAAUCUCUUUUCGGUAACGUUUCCUGUAGAAACGAGUGCUGGUCUUAAUGUGGAAGACGGGACUGCCUUUGACGAAACAGCACAGGGGUUUUUCUUUUUUGAAAUUUGAGUUUUUAUAAAGAAAAGACUUUUGUUGUUUGCUUCAUUUUGGUCUCUUUUGCUUACCGUAGCACUAGAGAGCCGCACGAGUCUGUAGCUUGGCCAAAGCAAUCUUUUUUUUUUUAACCAUAGUUCUUUCUUUACAGCAGUGCAGUAACUUCAGUAAGCUAUAUAUUGAAGGAUGGGUCUUCUGCAAAAAAAAAUAAUAAAAUAAAUACUACAUAAAACAGAACUGUAAAAUACAAAAACAAUCAAAUAUUCCAAUACAUUACCAUCUUAAGAUAACUGAUAUUGCCAUUAUAUUAUUUUCUUGAGAUAACUGAUAUUGCCAUUACAGAAUAAUGUUGUCUUUGUGUUCAUCGUGAGAUCACCAAAUAUGAGAAGAUUUCUUGUGGAGUUCAGUGUUUGAAUAAACAUUUGUUCACUGCAUUGGUAGACGACGGCAGUUUCAGUUCGACAAACCAGAUCCUCCUCACUGUGAGCUUGUGCCGGCAUGAAGACGUGGGAUAUUUUGACGGUCUAGAUUUUAAAGACGAAAUAUAAUAAGGGUGCAUAUAAUCCUUCAAUGUAUAGUUCUGUCAUGGCUUCAUACAAAGUGCUACCAGUGUUUCAUGAGAGAUCUGCUUUCCUUCCGAGCAAUAGUCUUGAUAUCUACCACGCUAAUUUUAUGUUGCCUUACAAAUAUGUACAAACGGUUUAAUAAAUAUCUAUGUGUGUACUCGAGUUUGAUUAUCGCAAAUUACUGGUCGUCAUCUAUAUUUUCCAUAUACUUGCAACUUGCCGAGUGUAAACACAACGCAACACUUAAAAGCGUUGUGUGUGCGGUCACUAGUAUAUCCGAUCUAGUCAGCAAAUGAUGCCACUCUUAGUUGCUGUUGGAAUUCCUUUGGUCGGUGAUCUUGAGACUUGGUGAGGCUAACAUGCUCUCCUAAGCUGGAAAAGGUUUUUUUUUUUUUUUUGUCUCCCAUCAGUUUCUCAAGCACACUAUAGUAUGAGAGAGAUUAUUUAAGAUGUAUUUUUGAAAUGGUUCACUAGUUUACCGCAGUGUCGAUAACAUCGCCCAGUGCAUUGUGGGGCAGAGCGCAGAGACUGGCGCCGUUGAAACUUCAGGAAGUAAAGGCUCGAUUUUAGUCGUUCGGAAAACAAGAGAAACGUACAGAAUGUUUACAGAAACGUGCAAACUUGAAAUGUUGUGACGACAUGAUGGUUCUACUGGGCGCUUAAUGCUCCCUAAACAGUCUUGUGUCUGUUCCACUGAUUAAUCAAAACUUUAAAAGAAAUUAUACAAAUUAUUAAACAUGACAGGCCUGUUACACUUAGCAGCCAAGUGCGCGUAAUUCUUUAUGAAAUAUGUUGCAACCGGUCGUACCUUAACCAUUUUAUAAAUGCGUAAUAAAUAAAAAAAAUCAACUUCUGAUCGAUUGUAAUAGGCCACGAAAGGAGAGAGAUCGUGCUUCAUUUCAGAAUGGGUCUCUCCGGGCAAUGAUUGUAAGCACAGAUGUUGAUAUGCGUGCACAGAUGUUGAUAUGCGUGCACACACUUUUCUGCAUCGCAUUCCACUGCAGAAAGAGUCGAGAUGGGAUGUUCUGUGCAGACUCAGGGUCAGAUGUACUAAAGAAUUGCACCCUUAUAUGCAGGUUUCUAUUUUCGUUUUUGGUUUUUUUUAUGACAGGGGAGUUCAUUCCACAGUAACAGCAGUACUAGAGAACAGUCUCCAUAUUUGUGUGGUAUAUGGACAUUGUGUUACCCAAGAGCACCCCAUGCUUCCAGGCUUAUUCAGUCUAACUGCAAUGCACUUCCACCACAAUAUUGUGUUCAUGAAUACCAUCAAGUCACGUGUGUGUGCGCGUGUGUGCUUGAGGGCUUGGGCGUGUGUGUGUGUGUGUGAAACAUUUUGUUUCUUGCUCACAUUUCAUUCAUUUCAACACCCCCCCCCCCCCUCCAAGGACAAUAAGGACAAGCCUCAUUGCAGUUUGAUCAUGUGUACACCUGUGUUCCAUUACCGGCCAAUCUUGUCAACAUAUUGGGAGUUACCGUGGAAACCGCUUCCUCCUGCUCCACCAAUGGCCUGUCAGUCAGUCCUGACACUCUCCAGGGUCUGGCCAGCCUCCGUCUCCAUGGCGACCGAGCCCAGACAGGAUGCCGAGCACAUGCUGAUCGCAUGCUGUGCGUAACCGUGGCGACAGGGCAGGUGUGACACGUGCGACCCACCUGAUUGGUUUGGGAAUGGCCUGGGGUGCCCGUGGCUUGGGAUGUUGUACAUACGAUGUCAGGGAUAUGAUACAGCAGCUACACUAACCUGUCAGGGCUAUGAAUCCAUUCAGCUGGGAGCGUUUAAUCUAAUAUUACUCUGCGUCUCUUUAGAACUUACUCGCGUCUUAUAUAGUGUGAAAUGCAUACUGACACUGACGGUGUGAUGCUUGUGUACUGCAUACUUGUGUACUGCAUACUCAAUACUGCAUACUGCAUACUCAAUUCGUUUGAUGCCUUUUCCCGUACACUCUGAUGCGCUGCAAAAAGACAAACUCUUUUUUUUUUUGCAACUCUGACAUACAUAUUCAUCUUAUAAAUAUAUAAAAAAAGAACUGUUGCUGUUAAAUGCACUUUAGAAAAUCAAAUCAACUUUUUUUUUUCUUUUUUUUUUAAAAGGAAAAUUGUCAAAAAUUCAGAACUAAGAAGGUUUCAUUUGUAUUGCAUGUCGGAAUGUUCCGGCAGUGAACAAGCAUGGGUUAUAUUUGACGUUUUAAAUCAAUCGGUUUGCAAGGAGUCCCCAGUGCCAAGCCAGUGAUGUAAAAACACAAUGUAAUUACUCCCCAAUUAAUCUGUGCUCAAAUUAAUUACUUCCCAUGGUUUUUGCCUUGUCAAAAAAAAUCAUAAUUACGAAAUUAUGAAAUGAUGAACUAAUGUUGCACAUUCAGUAUCUGUAAUUGAUAUUUAAAUAAGUUAUUUUCUUUCUUUUCUUUCUUUCUUUUUUUUGCUUUUCAUAUCCAAUGUAAUUAUUAGCUGUACUAUACAAAUAGCAAUACCCUCCUGCAUAUUGCUUUAGCCAGUGAAAGCUACAGUAUGUAUUGUAAAAUAUAAGUGUAAAAAUUACUUUAUGCAGUUUCAGCUAGCUAAUAAUUGUCUAUAAAGAUUUGCUUGUGUAUUGAAACAAAAAAGGUCUAUAACUAUUUGUCAUUCUGAAAUACAAUAAAACCUUUCUUGGCAUCAAUAA